AUGGAUGAAGAUUACAGUACCGUCGAUUUAAUAACUCCUCUGCAGGAUAGUUGGAAGAUAAGAGUUAGGUUAAUUCGUGUUUGGAAGCCGCCUCUUUUCUCAAAUCCUAAUGGCAACGGGAGCAUAGAGAAGGGAAACAAGAUACAUGCAACCCUUAAGAAGUCAUUGAUUGGUACCUUCCUGGGGGUCAUCACUGAAGGAUCUUUUAAAGCUAUAUCCCAUUUUGGAGUCGCUGCUAAUAGUGAUAUUAUUGGGAAAGUUGUUGUUGUUGGCGAUUUGAUUACUGGUGACAGGAAUGGAAAGCCAUCACGUCGGUUGACAUUAGAAAUGCAGGAUUACGAGAUGGUGAAUGCUUAUGGGACCAAUAAUGCAAUUCAUGUUGUUCCGAAGCGUGCUGUAUCUUAUCUUUCUACACCAUCGUCCAUUUCUGAACCGGAUGAUUUUCUUACACUUAACCCGAAGAAACGAAUUGAUGAUCUGCAGGAAGUAGAUGAGGUAAGGGUGCUUGAUGAUAGUGGAAGUACAUCUUUCCUAUUGUUUGAUAAGGACGUUUACAAAUGUAUCCGAAAGACUGCUUUACAUGUCAGGGAAGACAUGUUGAAGGAUUCAAUAGAUUCCUGCACUGGAGAAGUUGAUGGACAGAAUGUCCAAUUGAUGUCCACUGCAACUAGCCCUCCGAAAAGGACACUGCAAUUUGAUGAGGGCGAUAUAACUCUUCAGCCUUCUUCGACUAAAGCAAAGAUUGAAGUGAAGCUUGAAAAAUUUUAG